AUGGCCGCGCUACGGAGGAAAUUUGGGGAGGACUAUCAGGUAGUGAAUACAAACCGAGACACCGCCGCUUUUACUGCACCUGUCAAAAAGAAACGCCAGCGGUUCGUGGAGAAGAACGGUCGUUGCAACGUGCAGCACGGGAACCUCGGCGGGGAGACCAGCCGAUACAUCUCCGACCUCUUCACCACCUUGGUGGACCUCAAGUGGCGAUGGAACUUACUUAUCUUUGUUCUGACCUAUACAGUAGCAUGGCUGGUCAUGGCUUCUAUGUGGUGGAUCAUCGCCUACAUCAGAGGGGACAUAAACCAUGGCCACGACUCGUCCUACACCCCCUGCGUUGCCAACGUUUACAACUUCCCCUCCGCGUUCCUAUUCUUCAUAGAGACCGAGGCCACCAUCGGCUACGGCUACCGUUACAUAACGGAGAAAUGUCCAGAGGGCAUCAUUCUCUUCUUGUUCCAGUCGCUGCUGGGGUCUAUCGUGGACGCCUUUCUGAUCGGCUGCAUGUUCAUUAAAAUGUCCCAGCCCAAGAAGCGCGCAGAGACGCUUAUGUUUAGCCAGGACUCAGUGAUCUCGCAGCGCGACGGGAAACUGUGCCUCAUGUUCCGCGUGGGCAACCUGCGAAACAGCCAUAUGGUGUCCGCGCAGAUCAGAUGCAAACUCAUAAAGUCUCGUCAGACCCCGGAGGGAGAGUUCCUACCCCUGGACCAGUGUGAGCUGGAUGUGGGUUUUGGGACGGGUGCGGACCAGCUCUUCCUAGUAUCACCUCUCACCAUCUGCCAUGAGAUCAAUCCUAAGAGCCCUUUCUUUGACCUGUCCCAGCGAUCCCUCAUGAACGAGCAGUUUGAGAUUGUUGUCAUCCUGGAGGGCAUUGUGGAGACCACAGGUAUGACGUGUCAGGCGCGGACAUCGUACACGGAGGAUGAGGUGUUGUGGGGCCACCGCUUCCUGCCCGUCAUGUCUCUGGAGGAGGGAUUCUUCAGGGUGGACUACUCCCAGUUCCACAGCACUUUCGAGGUCAACACCCCACCCUACAGCGUCAAGGAUCACGACGAGAAGUCCUCCCUGCCUUCGCCCCUCCCCACCCCCACGCUGGGCGAGAGCCACGGGCACGCCCGACGUGCCCGGGUCUUCUCUGUGGACUGCAUCAACACUACGGACCGUGAGGAGCGGGCGGGGCAGUCCAGGCUGCCCAGUAAGCUUCAGAGGAUGAGCUCGUCUGGGAAGGAGGACCUACAGAGGAAGGUUCUGAUGCUGGGCUCCCAGCACUCUGAGAAGGCCUGCAGUACUGGAGACCUGCCUCUCAAGUUGCAGCGUCUCAGCUCCUCCCCCGGCCCAGAGGCUGCAGCUCGGCUGCAGCUCAAGGCCUUGAAACUGGGCUUUGAACCCAUGACCCAGUCCACUGGAGACCUGCAGCUGCCCCCCACCCCAGCCCCCGUCCCCGCCCGCAUCCACACCCCUCUGCCCUCAGGAGGGGGCCGACCAGAGGACAACCUGCCGGCCAAAUUACGCAGGAUGAAUGCUGACCGCUGAGGUCAUCAUGACCAGACUUUGCAUGCAUCCCAAAUGGAACCCUAUUCCCUAUUUAGUGCACUACUUUAGAACAGGGCCCAUAGGGGGCUCUGGUCAAAAGUAAUGCACUAUGUAGGGGAUAGGGUGUUAUUUGGGACACAUCCCCAGAGUCUAACUUCUCUUUGACCACACAUCAAACUAUGGAGAGAGGGAAAAUGGAAUGUGACGGAAUAUACUGAAAGACAAUGAUAUGGAAGGGGGAAAAAACUAUGAUGGACGGUGUGUCACUAUUUCUGUUUUUUCAAACACAAUCUUUACUGGAAUUACUGUGAUUUUUGGGUGUUUUAUAGCAACAGUGUUCGUACUGGUCAAACACACACACACACACACACACACACACACACA